AUGUCCUGUCCUUUGUGUGUCCAGGCGUGGGACAUCGUUACUCGUACCUGUGCCUACACCAACCACACCGUCCUGCCUGAAGCCCUGGAGCGCUGGCCUGUUGACCUCUUCCAGAACCUGCUCCCUCGUCACCUGGAGAUCAUCUAUGAGAUCAACAGGAGGCACCUGGAGCGCAUUGGCAAGCUUUACCCUGGAGAUAAUGACCGCCUGCGCCGCAUGUCCCUGAUUGAGGAAGGGGACAACAAGAAAAUCAACAUGGCUCACCUGUGCAUCGUGGGAUCUCAUGCUGUCAACGGCGUGGCCCGCAUCCACUCUGAAAUCAUCAAAAACACGGUCUUUAAGGAUUUCUACGAAACAGACCCUGAUAAGUUCCAGAACAAGACCAACGGCAUCACACCGCGCCGCUGGCUGGUCAUGUGCAACCCCGGCCUGGCUGAGGUCAUCGCAGAGAGAAUUGGUGAGGACUACAUCCGUGACCUGGACCAGCUGAAGAAGCUCCUGGAUUUUGUGGACGAUGACGCCUUCAUUCGCGAUGUUGCCAAAGUCAAACAAGAGAACAAGAUGAAGUUUGCAGCCCAUCUCGAAGAGCACUACAAGGUGAAGAUCAACCCCAACUCCAUGUUUGAUGUCCAGGUGAAGAGGAUCCACGAGUACAAGAGGCAGCUGCUCAACUGCCUGCACAUCAUCACACUCUACAACCGUGAGGGA